AUGGCAACAAUUUCGGCGCUGACUAGCCGCCGCAACCAGCGGGGUUUACCCGAGACUGGACACCUGCCCAAGACAAGAUCCCGAUUGAGCCUGUCCAGGAUCAAAGCCAAGGCCAAACACCUAGUCCAACGCACCAACAAGAAACACGAGACACCGGAGGUAUCGCGCAUCAGCCGGCCAUGGAUGACUUCAACAACAUUGCCUAUAACGAUCUUGACCAGCACCGAGGAUGGAUAUCCACAAUGGGAGGACGCAAAUCGACAAAACACUUCCCAAUGCCCGCUCUACCGCCUUCCUAACGAGCUUAUGGUGGCCAUUAUGGGCAGACUUGAGUUAGACGAUCUUUAUAUCUUGCACACAACAUCGAGACGCUUCAUGGAGCUUCUUAGCGACCCGCUGUUUGCGGCUUAUCACACCGCAGCCAAGUUUCCGUGGUGGGGAAUCGACGAUAUCUGGAACUACAACAUCCGACGUACCUAUAAAUCGUGGUGCCGAAUACAAAAAUCAUGGUGUUGUGAAUGGCAUUGUGCCAUCUACUUUUCGGCGAGACAAAAGGACCUCUCUGUCCACGACGACACACGUAUAUGUAUUGGGCGCGAAGGUAGCGUGCAGCUCUGCUCCCGCCUAUCGGUGAACUGGGCGGAGCUCGGUUUGCAGCCCUGGGGCCAUGGCAAAGACUUGAGAAGGUGCAAGAUGCACCUGUUCGAUCUGGACCCUUCCCGGCCCGUAACAAUGCAAGAUCUUCGGCGACAUCUCGAGUUACGUCAGGCGCAUCCCAACGAAGGCGGCUUUGCACUUUGUCCGCACUUCUCGUGGGGCGAUGGCAAGCUACUCCACGCAUUCUUGUCUCACGACAUGACGGGGCAAUAG